UGGGGACACCGGCGUCACCGUCACGUGCAUCCCUCCUCAUCGUUGUCUUCAGUGGCGUGGACAGGGUGAUAACCGUGGUGGAGCUUCCUUAGCUCAGGACAUCACAGGGGAUGAGGCACCCCCAGGGAGGAAGUGGGCACUUUCUCCCCACCAGCACCCAGCUCUCCAUCCCUGCCUGCGGCCCCGGCGCAAGGGAGGGCUUUGGCAUCCUUCCCAGGCAGCGUUGCCCAGCCUCUGAAGCCCGGCUGGGAGAUAGGGAGAUGAAAGGGCGCUUGGCGCUCCUCGGCAGGCUUGGGUCAAUCGUUAAUCGGGGAGGGAUCGCUCUCCACUCCUGCAGGUAACCUCCCACCCACAAAAGCAGAGCCCCCCGGAGCUGCGGCACAGCCAGCGGGGCCAUGGGGAGCUGAGCACACACGGAGCGAGGAGCUGCGAGCCUGGGGAGGUCACAGCCAGCCCCCGCCAUGGUGUCCAUGGGACUUCAGCUGCUGGGCUACGCCGUGGCCUUCCUGGGCUACAUCGGCACGCUGGUGGCCACACUGCUGCCCAGCUGGAAGACCAGCUCCUACAUCGGCGCCAGCAUCGUGACAGCCGUGAGCUUCACCAAGGGGCUGUGGAUGGAGUGUGCCACGUACAGCACGGGCAUCACCCAGUGCGACAUCUACAGCUCGCUGCUCAACCUCCCCGCCGACAUCCAGGCGGCACAAGCCCUGAUGGUGAGCUCCUGUGCCGUGUCCUCCCUCGCCUGCGUCCUCACCAUCGUGGGCAUGCGGUGCACUGUCUUCAGCCAGGGCUCGCCGGCCAAGGACCGGGUGGCGGUGGCGGGCGGCGCGGUCUUUGUGCUCGGGGGGCUGCUCUGCUUCAUCCCGCUGGUGUGGAACAUCCAUGUGGUGCUGCGGGAUUUCCGCAACCCCGUCAUCCCCGACAGCAUGAAGUUCGAGCUCGGGGAGGCGCUUUACCUGGGCAUCAUCUCCUCCCUCCUCUCCCUCGUCGGCGGCUUCAUCCUCUGCACCUCCUGCCCUGCACGGGACACCACGGCCACCUAUGCAAGCACCUACCGGCCCCGGCUGCUGGCGGGCAAGAGCUGCCGGCCCUCUGCCAGCCACACACAGAAGACCAAGAGCGAGCUCAGCUCCUACAACCUGACUGGAUACGUGUAACAACGGCUGCAGCAGGGAACAGGGCUGGCACCUCUCCUGCCUCUCCAAAGCAUCUGGGCUGGCACCAAAGGAGCGUGGUAAGAGGAGAGGACACAGCAGCAUCCCCAGUGAUGA